AUGCCUAUCAAGGACCGGACUGCAACGACAAUGGUGUCCCGCAACCGUCCACCGACUGAUUCUAGGCCCAAAUCAAGACCGAAGAAAAUCGACAAAGUAUUACAAAACGGCCAGAGUAAUUCUAAGUUCAAACAACUUAAAAAAUCAACAAAAAUGGAUGUCCACUCACUUGUGGUAUGGAAACAUCCCAUCUUAACUUUAGAUUAUUUCUGUAAAGAAGUAGUUUGUUUAUCCAAAUCAUUUGUUAAAAAAUUAAUUUGUUAUAAGUUAUAUGUGCUUCUGGCACUUUUAGUAAUUUCUACUCCAAUUAUUUUAUUAUACAUUGAAGGUCCUCAUUUACCAAUAUUAAUAUGGGCAAAAUCAAAAGUUGUAUGGUGUCUCUAUUGGUUAGGUCUAGGAGUCUUAUCAUCUGUUGGUUUUGGUACAGGCCUUCAUACAUUCCUUCUCUACUUGGGCCCGCACAUAACCUCUGUCACUUUGGCCGCCUAUGAAUGUGGUGGACUUAACUUCCCUGAGCCCCCAUAUCCAGAACAAAUCAUUUGUCCUGAUGAAGUUGACAGCGCCUGGAUAGCCAGUUUAUGGAACAUCAUGUUAAAAGUACGAGUUGAAGCCAUGAUGUGGGGAGCAGGUACUGCUCUUGGUGAAUUGCCUCCAUACUUCAUGGCUCGUGCUGCUAGACUAUCCGGUAGACCACCUGAUGAAGACAAGGAAGAUUUAAUAGAAUUUGAAGAAUUACUGAAAAAAGAAAAGCAUCCUGAAACAAUGACUCUGGUAGACAAGUCAAAAUUGUUUGUCGAGCGACUUGUAAAAAAAGUUGGUUUCUUUGGAAUAUUAGCCUGUGCAUCUAUUCCGAAUCCAUUAUUCGAUCUUGCUGGGAUUACAUGUGGACACUUUUUAAUACCGUUCUGGACGUUUUUCGGGGCUACUCUUUUGGGUAAAGCUGCCAUUAAAAUGAGCAUACAAGUGUUGUUUGUUGUAGUGGCUUUUAAUGAAACACUGAUUGCAAGUGUACUCGAUAUUGUUGGCAAAAUCCCAGGAGUUGGAAAAAAAUUGCAGGCUCCUAUUACAACGUUUUUAGAAAACCAAAAACAAAGGUUACAUGCCAAAAAAGACUCAAAGGGCACAAAUAUUGCUGUGAAAUUGUUUGACCUAUUUGUGUUAUCAAUGGUUCUUUAUUUCAUUGUGUCAUUAAUCAACUCUAUGGCGCAAAAUUACUAUAAGCGAAACCAUAAGACUUCAAAAAAGCGAUUAAGCGACUGA